AUGGACGAGAGCCCACCCACCCCUGCCGGUCAGAAACGACCCCGCGUUUCGGAGGAAAACCGCAAACGAGCCGUGAGAGCCGCCCUCGAGUCUCGACCAGAAGGAAUUGCCAUCCAAGACUGUCCCACUGACCGCUGCAGUUGCGACGGCUGUCGCCGGGUCAAGGAGAAAUGCGAAGGAGGCGUGCCCUGUCGGCGUUGUCUCCGGUAUCGUCGGCAAUGCGUCUUCACCCACCCCGACCAUGCGGAGAAGCUCGCCCGAUCUUCGUCCACCCCACUGCUGGAACGCUCUGUCGCGCUCAGUCGACAUGAUAUCGCCGAGUCGGAACGGGUCCGCUGCAUGGAACGCAUUCUGCAGCACUAUGUCCCCAACAUCUCGUUCGACGUCCACUCGCUCCGCAAGGUGGCCGACGAGCUACAGCACAAACAUCGUCGCUCGGGCUCCGACGAAACCCCCUCCAUGCAGCUGGAAGGAGAUGACCUGGAGGAUCUGGCGAUCGAUGAUGAGGACUUCACCAUUAAGGCUUUGCCGGAUAAUACCACCCAAUACUCCGGGGAGUUUUCGUAUCUCAACUUUUCGAUGAAAAUCAGACAGAAGAUUGACGAAUGGAUGAAGGACGCGGCUCCAGAGGCAUCGACCGAAACAGAACCCUUUGAGGAGCGAUGGAGGGCAACACAGUUACAGUCGGGAUCGACUUUGGUCUCUACAUCCGUCACUUGUCUUCCGCCCCGUUUUGUCGCCGACUUUCUGGUCCAAAUAUUCUUCAAAUACGCGCAGACGAAUAACUUCUACGUGGAAGAAGACUGGCUGCGAGAUAAACUCAAUACUUGCUAUUCGAAUCCGUCGAGCCUGUCCUCGAAUGAUGCCGGUUCAGUCUGCGCCAUUCUGAUGGUUUUGGCUGUUGGCACACAGUUUGCGCACAUGGAGUCAUCCAUCCCCAUCAACCGUCUGUCAUCGAAUUCGGCGUUCGACGACGACCAUCACUUUUCCGAGGACGAUGUUGGUUUGACCUUCUACCAGUUCGCAUCAAAGCUGCUUCCGGACAUUAUUGCCACGGCUUCUGUCCGAAGUGUCCAAGCGUGCCUGCUGAUCGGGACUUAUCUAUUGCCACUCGACACGUCUGGUCUCUGUUACACAUACUUUGGUCUGGCACUCAAAAUGGCGAUUCAGAACGGCAUGCACCGGAAGUAUUCGGGCGAGGGACUGUCGCCCCGUAUGGUAGAGAUCCGGAAUCGGGUGUUCUGGACUGCCUACACGAUAGAAAAGCGUGUCAGUAUCCUUCACGGAAGACCAGUCUCCCUCCUAGACGCGGAUGUGGAUGCCCCGUUUCCUACCGAUGUUCCUGGCUUGACACCGUCAGGACAUUCGUCGAACGACAUCAACAUGGUGACACUCAUCAAGUUAACCCUCAAGCUCGGAGAGGUUGCAAACGAAAUAUCCGUACUGCGUAAAUCUCGCAGGAACCAGCAACAGGACUGUCUGGAACGGCUGCUGAAUCUGCGGAAGAACCUCGUGGACUGGUGGUCUACCCUGCCCGAAGAAACCAACUGCCGCGAUCUCAACCCAGCAGGGCCACUUUUCCGCUCCAACGUGCACCUGAAGCUGGACUACUGCCUGACUCGCAUCUUCCUCGGACGACCGUUCCUGUUCAGCAGCAUGAGGGCCAUCAGUCUCACCACCUUCACGCCGGCUCCGUUCAAGACACAAUCUGGUCUCUCCAAAAACCGGUCCACCUUGGUCACAGACUGCAUAGACGCCGCGCUGGAGAUCAUCGACCUCUGCCGGCUGCUACGCGACGAGGCCGGCUUAGCCCGCGCCUCGUUCACCGAAUUCAGCUCCUGCCGUGCCGCCCUUCUCGUCAUCCUAGCCCAGAGCUUAACCAAGCGGACAGAGCGACUAGGCGAAGCUCUAGACAAAGGCAUGGCCCUGAUCAAGAUCAUGUCGAUGGGCGUCGGCUCCGCGCGAUCCGCCGUGAGCGUCAUCGAGACGCUGGAACGCGCCAUCCGCCGUCUUGAAGAAUAUAGCAAGACCCAACCCGGCGGCAGCACCGGCGCCACCGAAUCCGCAUACGACCGGUUCAAAAACUGGGAAAUGCUCUGGAAGUCCGGCCCCAUUUCACCCGGUGUCGUACCUUUCCCGGACCAGUUUCACGCCGGAGGGGGCAGCGGUCUCCCCCCCAUCGCCACCCCCAUGCCCGGCGCGCCCAGCGCCAACGAGCCCGUCGAACCGGACGUGACCAACGCCAGCCUCCCCGACUCGUCUGAAUUCCCCGUCUCGCACCCCCUCUCUCAGAUGCCGCAUUUCGGGCUCGAUCACUUCGUCUCCAACCUCCCGCAGGAACUGGAGGAAUUCACCGCGAUUCCCUGCUUCGAGGCCGAUGGCCAGCCCGGUAUGAAGUCCGGGGGGUCUGACACCCCGUGGAUGAACUUCAUGAAUGAUUGAUUGACCUUUCUCGUCUGGCUAUUCUGGUGGUUUUGUGGUUUUCAAGCGUUUGAAUUUGGCAUCUCUCUUUCUCUUUUUUUUUUUUUUUUUUGUCGGUGUUU